ACUAUGGAGGCCAUGCUAACCAGGAGCCGCCAGACCACAAUCUGCUCCCAGCUGGGGAGAGUGAAACUACGGCUGCUGUACAAGGCCAGCAUCCAUGGUUUCACCGGCGCAGCCUUCCACCAACAAUGUGACCAGCGUGGUCCCACAGUGUCUGUGGGCUAUAACGCCUCCGGUUAUGUCUUUGGAGGCUACACCCAACAUCCCUUCACUCAGUCUGGACAGUACGUGCAUGAUGACCAGGCCUUUCUUUUCACCUUCAGAGGAGAAAGGCUCCUCAAAUAUCCAGUCACCAGUCCCACUUAUGCAGUAAAUAACUCUGGUCCAUAUUUUGGAGAUGCAUUGGCUCUUGUUAAUGGAAGCAAAGCGGUUGUCUAUAGCAAUCCAGGAAAUUACUACAACUUCAAUGCUGCAGAAAUGCAUGGCAACGACCUGAACCUGACUGAGUGUGAAGUCUAUGAAGUCGAGGAAACCACAGAACUUGAGAGGCCAUGGAGGACUAUAAACUGGGAAUCUCAGAACAAGAAGGAGCUGAUGGAGAGUAUUAAAAUGUACAAACCCACAGUCAGCUCUGUGUCCCAGGCUCGGGUUCUGCUCAUUGGACCAGUUGGAGCUGGAAAGUCCAGUUUCUUCAAUUCUAUCAACUCUGUAUUCAGAGGCCACGUCACCAGUCAGGCCAUCGCUGGCUCCUCUACCACCAGCCUCACAACACAGUUUCGCACCUUCUCAGUGAAAGCUGGGCGAGAAGGGAAAACUCUGCCAAUCAUCUUGUGUGAUACCAUGGGACUGGAGGAAAGCAGAGCGGCGGGGCUUGAGAUCGAUGACAUCAGCAGCAUCCUUAAAGGUCAUCUGCCAGACCGUUACCAGUUCAACCCCUCUGCUCCUCUGAAUUCGGAGGCCCACGGCUAUCGUAAGUCUCCAAGGCUCAAGGACAAGAUCCACUGUGUGGUCUAUGUCGUUGAUGCCUGCAAGGUCUCAAUCAUGCCCACAAAAUUGGAGGAGAAGCUGGAUGCUGUCCGCAGAAAGGUCAACUUAAUGGGAAUUCCUCAGCUGGUCCUGCUCACUAAAGUAGAUGAAGCCUGCCCUUUGGUGAAAGAGGACGUGAAAAACAUUUACAAGAGUGGCUACAUCAAGGAAAUAAUGCAGGAGGUCAGCGCUCAGCUCGGUGUGCCAGUGUCCUGUGUUGUGCCAGUGAAGAACUACUGCGAGGAGCUGGAGUUGGACCUGAGCUGCGACGUCCUGCUGCUCAGUGCUGUCAUGCAGAUGCUUCGCUUCGCAGACAAUUACUUUGAUGAUAUCAGUGACCAACUCAGCAACACCGAAGUCAAGGAAUAGGAAGUACCUGUGCAGCAGAUGUUUAUAUCUUGUCCAACUGUAAUGAAAUGUCCAUCACAAUAAUCCAUCCAUUUACCUGCAGGUGAUGCUGCAUUGUAGAGUUCACUGUGAAUUUCCUCCCCUGAGUUCUCCAAGCACCCCUUGGAAUGCUGGGAGAUGUAGUGCCUCCAGAAUAACCUCAUUUUGACCGUGUCCCUCAGCUGUGAAAUGUUCAAUUUCCUUUCUGAUCUGGCUGUAAA